AGCGGCUCUCGGAUGAUUCCGGGCUCUGAGCCCGCUGCGCACUGCUACUGCGGACACCAGUUUGGUCAUCUCGCCGGGCAGCUGUGACGGUGCUGUGUGUUAUCUGGGGGAGGUGGAGGCCGGUGCUGAGCAAAGUUCUAACCCGAUCAGCACAAGCCCCUGUGGUCGGUGGGAAAUUCAGGUUAAAGGCGCUGGACUGACGCCUUAUUCUCGGUACCGUUGCUUUGGCUUCACUGCAUUAAGCAGUCUGAUGGGCGUAAAGUGCUCCGCUCCAGCAUUCGAGAGUUCCUGUGCAGUGAGGCCAUGCUUGCAUUGGGAAUUCCCACAACACCAGCGGGAUCACUGGUGACCUCUGACCUUUAUGUCCAGAGGGAUGCGUUCUACAGUGGCAAUCCCAGACCAGAGAGGUGCUCAGUGGUUCUCAGAAUAGCACCCACCUUUAUCAGAUUUGGCUCGUUUGAGAUCUUCCACCCUGUGGAUGACUUCACAGGUAGACAUGGCCCUAGUGUUGGACGUACUGAUAUUCGUGCACAAAUUCUGGAUUAUGUCAUUGAAACAUUCUACCCUGAAAUACAACGAAGACAUUUAGAUCGCCAAGAGAGGAAUGCUUCCUUCUUCAGAGAGGUGACCGUGAGGACUGCCAAACUGGUUGCCCUGUGGCAAAGUGUGGGAUUUUGCCAUGGAGUUCUCAACACAGACAACAUGAGCAUCUUGGGACUCACUAUAGACUAUGGCCCAUUUGGCUUCAUGGACAGGUUUGACCCUGAGUUUGUGAGCAAUGCCUCUGAUAAGAAAGGCCGUUAUUCUUAUGAAGCUCAGCCAUAUGUCUGCCGCUGGAACUUGGCACGUUUGGCAGAAGCUCUUGGCACGGAGCUCCAGUCAGCCAAAGCAGGGACCAUUUUAGAUGAGUUCAUGACCAUUUAUCAGGACUGCUACCUGGACAUCAUGAGGAGGAAGCUGGGUCUUCUGAGACAACAACAACCAGAGGAUGUGGAGCUGGUGGCUGAUUUAUUGAAGACUAUGCACAUCACAGGUGCAGACUUCACAAACACAUUUCGUCUGCUGAGUGCCGUGUCCUGUCCUGCAGGUGAACAGAAAGACAGGGACAGCACAGACUCAGUAGUGGAACUGAUCGUGGGACAGUGUGCCUCGCUGGAAGAACUAAAGCACGUUGCAAGAAAGACAAGGCAAGAGAAUUGUGAGUUGAAGAUGAUUCUCUCCACGGCUGAGACAAAUCCAGGUAUGUUCAACAUGGUAGCCAAUCAGCCAGAGGUCGCCAAGCAACUGGAAAAGAUUGGCAGGCUGAAGGAGCUUCUCGUAAUCAAUGAGGUGGAGCUAAAAAUAAAGCAGAGAUAUCAUUGGCAGAGAUGGGUCAAACAAUACAGGAGACGUCUGGCUCAUGAAUGUGACGAAGUGAGUGACCCUGCUGCAGUAGAGAAAGAACGGGUCAGAUCUAUGAACUCCACCAAUCCUGCUGUUGUACUACGGAAUUACAUUGCCCAGAAUGCAAUUGAAGCAGCUGAAAGGGGUGAUUUUUCAGAGGUUCAACAGCUGCUUAAAGUUUUGGAGAACCCUUAUUCGGUCAGUGUGGAUCUGGAGCGUCCAGUAUGGUCAGCAGGAAGUGGGUCAGUCCAAGCUGAUGGCAACAGCAUUAAGGGACAGGAAGUUAAGGAGAACACAAAAAGAAAAGCAGCAGCUGAUACUCACCAGAUUCCAUAUAACAGUAAACCUCCUGCAUGGGCCAGAACGAUCUGUGUCACAUGAUCAUCCUAAAGCCUCCCAAACAUCACAGCCCAAUCCAAUACAGAAAGAAAGCCAGAGAAAAUGUAGAACAUUCUCUUUUGAGUUUCUCUGUAUUGAUCAGGUAUGUUAGUGUUGAGGGAGGCUGAGCAACACAGAGCACUCCUGGUCAGAUAAUGCAGAAAUGGCCAUAUGUCAAUAGGUACAAUAAAUGAGGCAUACUUUUUUAUAAUUAAAAAAAAAAAUUUUAUGACUAUGACAUUUAGAAACUGAUUAAAUUGUUCAUAUUUUAAUUUCACCUCAGUUAAUUCUGCAAUUAUCUGAUCAAUGAAGAUUCAGAUGUUCAGCUUAGCAGGCCUGUCUGAGUUUGAAAAACAAGGAGUAUCUUGUGCACACAUACAAACAUACAUACUCUUUAAUUAUGCAUUUAUCACUUAAUUUCACCCUAAAUUUUACUAGCUUCCACGUUUUUCAAAACACAAAGUAGAAGUUUAACAGAAUGUCCAAGCUGUUGUUUUGCAUAGGCUACAGUGAAAGUGGUUGCCUUGCUUAUAUUGUCAAGCUCCAAAAAGCACUAUAAAAGUAGUCUGUGAAAGUCUUCUAAGGUCUGCCAUACUAUACAUUUUGUGAUUUUGUGAGAGGCAUAUUCAAUUAAAAACUGAUAUAUAAAAGCAAAUAGAUUUAGCCACAAAUCAGUCAGUCAGUUCACUUGAUUUUGUUUAAACGUUCUUUUUUUUUACAAUAUUUUCUAUAAUAAAUUUAGUCUUAAUAUCAUGUUUGUAUGUUUGUUUGUUUUUUGCCUCUUGCUGUUCACAAUUUUACAUUAGGCCAUUAUUCACAAGUAGUUGGACUCAGUAUUAACAAACAAACCACAUUACAAAAUGAGAUCUAAAUGUCAUUGAGAUGAGUUUAAUCAUUAACUUCAUCCGAACACUGUGAUUCUAGUAACAGUAUACAACUGCCUAGCCGUAAGAGUUCUGUAUGUACAUUUCUGAUAUAACAAAAGAUGAACAUGAUUACACAUACAUGUGUAGCCUAAAAUUGAAAGGCUGAAGACAUUAUAGUUUUUGUGAUUCAAAGUUCUUUGCAUUAUUUAUUCAGUAAAGCAAAUUGUUCUAAAACCCCUAAAUGUUAUUUGAAUAAUAUUCAAAGCAGCUAAUUAGUGUGAGCCAUGGAUUUCACACUGGAUAUGCUUCAAUAAUAUUCAAGGCAAAUAUACAGUUGAAUGGAUGAAUGGAUUAAAAAGAUCUGGAACUUAUUUCACAGCGGUAAAUAUAACUGUCUGUCUUAAACUACUUUUAAUAAUUUUAAUAAUAAUAUCACAGUAAAGCAAUGUGUUUUAGGAAUUGCAAAAGUCAAAAUGGCUACAUCUCAGAAUUAAUAUUUGUCAGGUGCAUCACACAUGUUUUGAGUAUGUGGAAUCAGCACCUUACUGGGACAAAAAGAGACACAAAAGGAGAAUUUUACAUUCACAUUUAUUAGAGUAGUUGUCGUAUAAUACUACUUUACGAGCA